AUGAAACUGAAGAGAGACGAAAGGGCGGCGACAUCGAAGGGCACGACGGCGAUGAACGCCGACAGAGAUGGCAAUGACGACGUUAGUACAUUGAAGGAGGAAGAAGAAAGGAACACGAGGCCGACGGAACAGACUGGCACUGAUGAUGCUGGCUACAGAGACGAGAGGAAAGUUGGAAAAGGAAUCGUUGGCGACAAUACUGGCCAGUAA